CCCUACUCCUCCAUUUGUUUUCAUCAUUCGCACAUUAUGGACUUGACUAGCACGUAAAUUCACUUCACUUGACAGACUGAAAAUAUUCGAUUUCACUUCCAGGAGUCAACAGCCGAGUCCAGACGACUCAUCUAUACACAUUCAAGGUCAACUGGUUCAAGUGAUGCCACCAACGGGUACCAUAUUUUACAAUGACGUGAGCGAUGUAAACGGUGGGCCGAAGAGGGGGUUCCCCACGUGCCAGUCUACGGGCAGCGCGCUGUCUGAGCUGCCCCUCAAGAUGGCGGAGGACAGCCACGAGGACACCCCGGAGGAAGGGAUCGCGCUCAAGAGGAGGGUCGGACUGCUCUCGGGGGUCGCACUCAUCGUGGGAACCAUGAUCGGCUCUGGUAUUUUCGUUUCCCCGAAAGGUGUCCUCCUGCGUUCGGGUUCAGUGGGACUCAGUCUAGUCAUUUGGGCAGGCUGUGGUAUUCUGUCUCUGCUAGGGGCCCUGUGCUACGCAGAGCUGGGCACGAUGAUCACCAAGUCGGGUGCCGAGUACAGCUACAUGAUGGAUGCUUUCGGGCCGCUGCCGGCCUUCCUGUUCUCGUGGGUGUCGGUACUGGUGCUGAAGCCCUCCAUGCUGGCCAUCAUCUGCCUCUCGCUCGGCAAAUAUGUCGUCGAGCCCUUCUACAUCGAAUGCGUUCCGGAAAUGCUCUCUGUCAAGCUCUUCGCAGCUUUCUCCAUAGGUGUCAUUACUUACAUCAACUGCCAAAGUGUGAAAUUAGCUACUCGUAUACAGAACUUUUUCACCACUGCGAAACUACUAGCCAUAGCAAUCAUCGUAGUCGGAGGUAGCAUCAAACUUGUCCAAGGUCACACGCAGCACCUGGCCACCGGUUUCGACGGCGUCAGCGUCUCUUUCUCGGACAUCGCCACGGCAUUCUAUAGCGGUUUGUGGGCCUACGACGGAUGGAAUAACCUGAAUUAUGUGACAGAAGAGCUCAAAAAUCCAUAUGUGAACUUGCCCCUGGCCAUAUCGAUUGGGAUACCAGUAGUGACAUUUUGCUAUAUUUUAGUGAAUAUUUCCUAUAUCACAGUCAUGUCCUCAGCAGAACUUUUGGCAUCAGAAGCUGUCGCAGUGACGUGGGCUGGUCGAGUUCUGGGAGUCUUGGCCUUUGUGAUGCCUAUAUCAGUAGCUUUAAGCUCUUUCGGAGCUGGAAAUGGUUCCUGUUUCACUGGUGGAAGGCUAUGCUAUGUUGCAGCUCGUGAAGGGCACCUUGUUGAUAUCUUAUCGUACCUGCACGUUCGGCGGCAUACCCCAUCGCCAGCCCUCAUAUUUAACGCCAUUUUAGCCAUCUGCAUGAUCGUCCCCGGGGACAUCGGAAGCCUCAUCGACUUCUUUAGUUUCACCGCAUGGCUGUUCUACGGAAUGACGUUCCUGGCCCUUAUCGUCAUGCGACACACCAAGCCAGACCUACGGAGGCCAUAUAAGGUCCCCAUUUGGAUUGCCUACGUGGUCUUGGUCAUCUCCGUGUUUCUGGUGGUGGCGCCAAUCGUCGAGAACCCGCAGAUCGAAUACCUGUACGCCUCCUCCUUUGUGCUGUCGGGACUUCUUGUUUACAUUCCUUUUGUCCACUACAAGCUACACCUCAACAUUAUGGGUAACAUUACCAUUUUCUUCCAACUCCUUCUCGAAGUUGCGCCCACGAAAUACGUCCCCGACUGAAAGUUUCGUAAAUCCGGAAGUCAGCGGAGAGAAUGGAGAAUGUGCGGAAGUGACGUACUGGGAAGCGUUGGCUGUUGUCACUGACAACUCAAAAGUGAUAUAAAUUCCACACAAGCUGGUGAUACGAAAUUUUUAAAUUCAACAGAUCAAAACACAUAUAUAAAUAAAUAAACAGGAAUGUAAAAAGCAAAGUAUAAUUCGUUCCGAUCGAACUUUGUUUUUUCUGUGUCAAUAUUCCAUUUGAGCUCAACAUGCAUUCGACAGAAAACAGGUGCUCUUCCAUAGACCUAAUAGUUGCCAGCGGGCGAUUGCGGAAAACUGGAUUGUCCAACAAGGAUUGAAAUUCGUUUCCGAAUCGUCUUCCAUGUGAUGACAGAAAUACUUGGUUUUUAAAGACAAAGCUUCAAUAAAAUUAUU